CAAUCUCUUUCAAUGGCCCGUACGAAGCAGACUGCCCGGAAGUCGACCGGAGGAAAGGCUCCGCGGAAGCAGCUGGCGACGAAGGCCGCCCGGAAGUCGGCUCCGACCACCGGAGGAGUGAAGAAGCCGCACAGGUACCGGCCGGGCACGGUGGCUCUGCGUGAGAUCCGAAAGUACCAGAAGAGCACGGAGCUGCUGAUAAGGAAGCUUCCCUUCCAGAGGCUCGUUCGUGAAAUCGCUCAGGAUUUCAAAACGGACCUGCGCUUCCAGAGCCACGCCGUCUUGGCGCUGCAGGAGGCGGCCGAGGCCUACCUCGUUGGGCUCUUUGAGGACACCAAUCUGUGCGCCAUUCAUGCCAAGAGAGUCACAAUCAUGCCCAAGGAUAUUCAACUUGCUAGGAGAAUUAGGGGUGAGAGGGCUUAAACCAUAGAUCUUGGAUCUGUGUGUGUUUAGGGGGAUUUGCUUUUGUUUGUUUUUAGGGGUUUCAGACUUUGGUUGCAAUUAGGAUUAUCUGUAUUUCUUUUCUUUACUGUCUUUUCCCCAUUUUUGUGUUCACAGAAAUUACUCUAUUUAUGUUAUCAUGUGCCCGUAACUAUUGGAAUUACAAGUCUGAUUUGAUCUGACAUCUGAGUAAAAUUUAAG